ACACAUUUCACGAUAUAAGAACAAACGCGCGAUGUCGAUCGCGACUUCCAUCGCGAGCUGAGAGAUCGCGAUCCCGAAAUCUUAUCGCGGCCUUUCCUUCGUUUCGUCAACGCUCGAAGAACGUUCUUUGUCUUCGUUGUGGUCGUUUUGUCGCGACGUUGACAAGAGAAAAUGGAUGACGGAGGCUAUCAAAAUCUGGCGUUUGCCAUGGACGAAACGGGGAGAGAGAAAACGAACGAGCCAAAGAAGUCGGUCUUGGGAUGUGCGGAAACGGCUAAGGAAACGGAAGCACCAGAAGCGAGGAGUACCUGGAACAACGAAAUAGAGUUCCUGAUGUCCUGUAUAGCGAUGUCGAUCGGUUUUGGAAACAUCUGGAGGUUCCCUUUUACUGCUUACGAGAAUGGUGGAGGUGUCUUCUUGAUACCCUACAUCAUCGUCCUGUUCCUCAUUGGCAAACCAUUUUAUUAUCUGGAGAUGAUCCUUGGACAGUUUUCCUCAUCCUCGUCCAUCAAAAUUUGGAACGUUUCGCCAGCGUUCUGUGGCAUUGGAUGGUCCCAAUUCUGCUCGAACGUGGCUCUGAUGACGUAUUAUAGCUCGCUGAUGGCACUGACGCUUUUCUUCUUCAUCGCGUCGUUCUCUGCUGAGUUACCUUGGGCUAAAUGCAGAGACGAGUGGAAGGAUUGCGUCGAUUCGGGGCGAACGAUCGAUGAUAACAAAAGCUACGUUGCCUUGUUCUCUGCCGAGGAGCAACGUAGAAGUUCUGCCGAGCUCUAUUUUCUCAAGGUGGUCCUGAAAGAGAAGGAUAACAUAAACGACGGAAUUGGGUUGCCAGAUUGGAAGCUAACGUUGUGUCUGCUCAUCAGCUGGCUCUCGGUUAUCCUCAUCACGUUCAAGGGUGUGAAAAGUUCCGGGAAAGCUUCCUAUUUUCUCGCAAUUUUCCCCUACAUUGUCCUAAUCGCCCUUUUAGUCAGGGCAGUGACCCUGGAAGGCGCUGGGACAGGGAUCCUCUUCUUCGUCACCCCGAAAUGGUCGAAACUCUUGGAGCCCACUGUUUGGUACGCUGCUGUGACACAGUGUUUCUUCUCUCUUUCCGUCUGUUUCGGUCCUAUUAUAACAUAUUCGUCACACAAUAACUUCAAACACAACAUAUACAGGGACGCACUUAUCGUGACUAGUUUAGACACCCUAACAAGUUUCAUAGCUGGAUGUACGAUUUUUGGGAUUUUGGGGAACCUGGCACACGAGAUGGAUAUAGAGGAUAUCGACAAAGUGGUGAAAUCUGGAGCUGGACUGGCGUUCGUCUCUUAUCCUGACGCCAUAGCCAAAUUCGAUUUCUUACCUCAGUUAUUCUCAGUGCUGUUUUUCGUGAUGAUGUUUGUCCUCGGAGUGGGCAGUAUCGUAGGAAUGGUCUCAGGAGUGGUGUCUUCCUUAAAGGAAAAGCUACCACACGUGGAAAUCUGGAAAAUCGUGGUUCCUGUUUGUACCAUAGCAUUCGCCGUUAGUACGGUUUAUGUCACUCCGGGCGGGCAAUUUUUAUUGACGUUGGUCGAUUACUAUGGUACGUCAUUUGUGGUCUUCAUCUUAGCUUCUUUCGAAAUUACCGCCAUCACGUGGUUGUAUGGUAUAGAACAUUUUCUGGACGAUAUAGAAUUCAUGUUGGACAAAGAAACCAGCAGUUACUGGCGAAUUUGCUGGUUCCUCGUGACACCGUUGAUCUUAAUAAUAAUUUUCAUUUACACCGUCGCCACUCUAUCUCCAUUGACAUACGGUGAAACAGAAUAUCCUGUCUCAGCUCACGCUGCUGGCACGGUUAUACUUUGCUUCAGUAUUUUCCAAAUACCAUUUUGGAUGAUCGUUGAAAUGCUGAAGAACAGAGACUUGCCACUCUCACAGAAUUUAAAGAAGUCUUUCAUGCCAACGUCACAAUGGGGGCCCAGAGAAGACAAGUACAAGAAAGCCUGGCUUCGCUUCAAAGAAGAAAAAGAGAUGGAAAGGAACUCCAGGACAAAAUCCAAAUGGCUCCGAUUAAUAUACACUUUAAUUCGUAAAAACGAAAAGAAAGAUUAGAGACUGAUGCCGAAUCUCUUCGUACAAAAUCAUCUUCGAUGCA